AUGGUGUACCCCAAGGUGGUACCAGAGUAUGUGGCACCAGAGUAUGUGGUACCAGAGUAUGUGGUACCAGAGUAUGUGGUACCAGAGUAUGUGGCACCAGAGUAUGUGGUACCAGAGUAUGUGGCACCAGAGCAUGUGGUACCAGAGCAUGUGGUACCAGAGUAUGUGGCACCAGAGUAUGUGGCACCAGAGUAUGUGGUACCAGAGUAUGUGGCACCAGAGUAUGUGGUACCAGAGUAUGUGGCACCAGAGCAUGUGGUACCAGAGCAUGUGGUACCAGAGUAUGUGGUACCAGAGUAUGUGGUACCAGAGUAUGUGGCACCAGAGUAUGUGGUACCAGAGUAUGUGGCACCAGAGUAUGUGGUACCAGAGUAUGUGGCACCAGAGUAUGUGGUACCAGAGUAUGUGGUACCAGAGUAUGUGGUACCAGAGUAUGUGGCACCAGAGUAUGUGGCACCAGAGUAUGUGGUACCAGAGUAUGUGGCACCAGAGUAUGUGGUACCAGAGUAUGUGGCACCAGAGUAUGUGGUACCAGAGUAUGUGGUACCAGAGUAUGUGGCACCAGAGUAUGUGGCACCAGAGUAUGUGGUACCAGAGUAUGUGGUACCAGAGUAUGUGGUACCAGAGUAUGUGGUACCAGAGUAUGUGGCACCAGAGUAUGUGGCACCAGAGUAUGUGGCACCAGAGUAUGUGGUACCAGAGUAUGUGGCACCAGAGUAUGUGGUACCAGAGUAUGUGGUACCAGAGUAUGUGGUACCAGAGUAUGUGGCACCAGAGUAUGUGGCACCAGAGUAUGUGGUACCAGAGUAUGUGGCACCAGAGUAUGUGGUACCAGAGUAUGUGGUACCAGAGUAUGUGGUACCAGAGUAUGUGUCACCAGAGUAUGUGGUACCAGAGUAUGGGGUACCAGAGUAUGUGGUACCAGAGUAUGUGGUACCAGAGUAUGUGGUACCAGAGUAUGUGUCACCAGAGUAUGUGGUACCAGAGUAUGUGGUACCAGAGUAUGUGGUCACCAGAGUAUGUGAGUAUGUGGUACCAGAGUAUGUGGUACCAGAGUAUGUGUCACCAGAGUAUGUGGUACCAGAGUAUGGGGUACCAGAGUAUGCGGUACCAGAGUAUGCGGUACCAGAGUAUGUGGUACCAGAGUAUGUGUCACCAGAGUAUGUGGUACCAGAGUAUGUGGUACCAGAGUAUGUGGUACCAGAGUAUGUGUCACCAGAGUAUGUGGUACCAGAGUAUGUGGUACCAGAGUAUGUGUCACCAGAGUAUGUGUCACCAGAGUAUGUGGUACCAGAGUAUGUGGUACCAGAGUAUGUGUCACCAGAGUAUGUGGUACCAGAGUAUGUGGUACCAGAGUAUGUGUCACCAGAGUAUGUGGUACCAGAGUAUGUGGUACCAGAGUAUGUGUCACCAGAGUAUGUGUCACCAGAGUAUGUGGUACCAGAGUAUGUGGUACCAGAGUAUGGGGUACCAGAGUAUGUGGUACCAGAGUAUGUGGUACCAGAGUAUGUGGCAGAGUUGGGUGGAGCAAACUAA